AGGCUGGCGCGGCUCGAGGAGGAGCUGCCCGCCAGGGCCAGCGUGCUGCAGCAGCGCCGGCUGCGGUGCUCGGGCCUGGCGGCCAGGCUGGCGGCCCUGCGCCGGCGUGAGGCCGAGCAGCAGGACGUGCUGGCCGCCUCCGCGCGCAGGCUCAGCGACGCGGGCGCGGCGCGGGAGGCCGCCGCGGUCGAGGCCGCGGAGAUGGAGGGCGAGCUCCAGCUCACCGAGGCGGCGGUGCUCGCGGCGAGGGGCAGGUCGGACGGCCUGCGGGCCGCGCUGCAGGAGCUGCGCGAGGAGCUGCGACUGGAGGACGGCGCCCGGGAGGCCGAGGAGCGCGCGGAGGCCCGCUUGGAGAGCGCAGCGGAGGACCGCCAAGAGGCGCGGAGGCUGCUUGACUCGAAGGUCAUCCGCGCCCAGGCCGACGCACACAGCGCCGAGUCUGCCGCCGCCGCCGCGCAGCGGAGAGCGGACCGGCUGGGCAUCGACGCCACGCGGUUGCGCCUGGGGUUGGCCGCCGCCGAAGAGAAGUUGCGUGCGGUGCAGCGGGAGCACCGCGAGCUGUCCGCCGGCGUCGGGCGCACGCUCCCGCAGCUGGAGCGCGUGCGCGGGGAGCUCUCGGCCGAGCAGGCGGUCGUGAGGGAUCUGGAGGCCCUCUGGGGAGACGAGAGGGCGAAGAUGAUCCGCCUCACCCACGAGUGUGAGCAGUCGAGGCUGAGGUGGAGCGCGGAGGAGCGAAGCGCCGCGGAGGAGCUCGCGGCCACGACCGCCGCCAGCGAGGAGCUUGCCCUCGGCGGGCGGCUCGCCGGCGAGGAGCUGUCGGCGCGCCUGCGCGAGCUCGAGCCCGGGCUGCUGGAGGAGACGAGCCGCGAGAUCGCACGCCUGGCCCAUGAGGAGAACCCCCGGCUGCUGGCGGAGCUGCAGGGCCGCGCCGCGGCCGCGGCGGACUCGGUCGGGGCUCGGCCCACACCAUGA